AUGGCUAAUUCUACAGUGGUGACUGAGUUUCUCCUCACGGGCUUUGCUGAGAAGUGGGAGACAAGGCUCCUGCUCUCCCUGCUAUUCCUUCUGAUGUACCUGGCCACCCUCACAGGGAACAUUCUUAUCAUCAGUGCCACCACUCUGGACCAGAGCCUUCACACACCCAUGUACUUCUUCCUCAGGAACCUCUCCACCUUAGACAUGUGCUACAUUUCUGUCACUGUCCCCAAAGCCUGUGUCAACUCCCUCACUGACAACAGGGCCAUUUCAGUGGCUGGCUGUGCAGCUCAGAUCUUCCUGGUUACUUAUUGUAUGUAUGUGGAGCUCCUGUUCCUCACCAUGAUGGCCCGUGACCACUAUGUGGCCAUCUGCCAGCCCCUACACUACCCCGUAAUCAUAACCCACCAAUUCUGUGUCUGGACAACACUGGUCUCCCUGCUCAGUGGCCUCAUCUAUGCAGCUGUGCACACAGGGAACACAUUCCAGCUGUCCUUCUGUCAGUCCAACGUGGUCCAUCAGUUCUUCUGUGACAUCCCUUCUCUGCUGAGCCUCUCCUGCUCUGACACCUUCAACAACUUCAUAUUACUUGUUGUUUCUGCCAUAUUGAUUGGUUGUGGGUCUUUUACAGUUACCACUGUGUCUUAUAUUUACAUAUUUUCCACUGUGCUGAAGUUUCCAACCAAGGAGAGAGGAAAGGCCUUCUCCACCUGUGUCCCUCACAUCCUGGUGGUGUCCGUGUUCCUCAGCUCUGCCAGCUGUGUGUACCUAAGGCCUCCAGGGGCCUCUGACUUUCUCCAGGGAGUGAUUCCUACUGUAUGUUAUACAGUAGUUCCUCCAUUCUUGAAUCCCAUCAUCUACAGUCUUAGAAACACACAGGUAAAAGAAGCUUUAAGGAAAGUAAUGUUAAGAAAAUAUUAUUCAGGAAGUUAG